UAUUGUCUGAACCGUUUGGCUUGUUUAUAAAUUUUCUACAUUUUGUAGAAUGUGAGCUCAAAUCCCCAAAUACAGACCGAUCUGCCAGUUAUUUGUUAGUUCACUGUAAACUGAAUUUCUCUAGGAACUCUUAAGCAGCUAGAAGCCUGAUCUUUUUUUCUCUGCAGAGUGGUUAAUCUUCGUCAGUUUAGGAUCUGUGCAGCCCUGGAGUCGGAGCUCCAGCAGCUCUGCGGAGGAUCAGGAUGCUCUUCACGUUCUCCUCCUCCUCCUCCUCCUCCUCCUCCUCCUCCUCCUCACUGACACAGACCAUCUGAACCUCAGUGCCGCUGCUGUCUAACGAUCCGGACCCGGCUCACACCCGGUGCGUGUCCCAUCCACAAUCGGAUCCGUUGCUGUCCUUGGAUAAUAAAGGCUGGAUUAUGUGAGGGGGGACGCUGCAUGGGCACGAGGCGGGGGUGUUGUGGUGUUUGUUUUUAUUUUUUUUGUUGUUUUUUUUCUUUUUGGAUUUUGGACCCCGUGAGCCUGCGUGAGACCACGAGUUGAUGUUUGUUUACGAAAUAUUACAAAAUAAAAGCCGACGAUUUUUGGAUUAAAAUGCAGGGUUUCCUUUUAUUGUGGCUCCUGAGAAGAAAACCAGACCUGAGGAUUCACGUUGGAGGCUGACUGAGCAUUUGGAGAGCCUGAACGCACCAGCAGCACGCGCACAGCUCUGAUUGUAUUUGAAUUUUUCUGUCUGUAUUUACCUGUCCGCUCACCUGUGUGGACACAUGUCUCAGAUCCACCAUGCGGCUCUGGACCAGCACCAGCACCAGCAGCAGCCGGGCCAGUACAACCAGAUCUGCACCCGCAGCAGCAGCAGCUCGACCCCGGCCGCCGCAACCGAGGGAGCAGAGCCGUCCUCCUGCCCGGGCCAGAGGAGCCGGACCGCCCGUAGGAAGUGGCAGGUGUUCCCGGGGAGGAACCGGUUCUACUGCAACGGGAGGAUCAUGAUGGCGAGACAGACCGGGGUUUUCUACCUGACCCUGGUCCUCAUCCUGCUCACCAGCGGCCUCUUCUUCACCUUCGACUGUCCCUUCCUGGCGUCAAACCUGACCCCGGCCAUCCCGGUGGUCGGCGGCGUCCUCUUCUUCUUCGUCAUGGGGAUGCUGUUCAGGGCGAGUUUCAGCGACCCCGGAGUCCUGCCCCGAGCCACGCCGGACGAGGCCGCCGACCUGGAGAGGCAGAUCGACUCUUCGGGCUGCUCCAGACCUCCUCCUCGCACCAGAGAGGUUCUCAUCAACGGACAGACGGUCAAACUGAAAUACUGCUUCACCUGCAAAAUCUUUAGACCGCCUCGAGCGUCACACUGCAGCCUGUGCGACAACUGUGUGGAGCGUUUCGACCACCACUGCCCCUGGGUGGGGAACUGCGUCGGACGGAGGAACUAUCGCUUCUUCUACCUGUUCAUCGUCUCGCUCUCCUUCUUCACUAUCUUCAUCUUCGCCUUCGUCAUCACACACGUCAUCCUCAGAUCGAACCGGACGGGUUUCCUGAGCGCGCUCAAAGACAGUCCGGCCAGCGUCCUGGAGGUGGUGGUGUGUUUCUUCUCCGUCUGGUCGAUUGUUGGUCUGUCGGGGUUCCACACCUACCUGAUCAGCUCCAACCAGACCACCAACGAAGAUAUUAAAGGGUCAUGGUCCACCAAGCGAAGUAAGGAUAACUACAACCCCUACAGCUAUGGAAACAUCUUGACCAACUGCUGUGCUGCUCUAUGUGGACCUCUGCCUCCCAGUUUGAUUGACAGGAGAGGUCUGAUCCGGUCUGACACGCCUCAGACCACCUCCCAGUCUAACGGGACCAGUGGCAGCAGCUACGCCUCCACUCAGCUCCACAGUCACAAGUGUGAUCAGGAUCAGUGUCUCCAGAGCACCAAGUUUGUCCUCCAGGCAGCAGCCACUCCUCUGCUCCACAGCGACCCUGUGGUAUUGGCACCUCUGCCAGGAAAGACCACCACCCUAGGGGGCCCCUGUGCCUACCUGGCCCCCACCCAGCAGUCCCUGCCAUCCUGCGGGGGAGACGUCUUGACCAUGAGGGACGCUGCUGCCGACUCUCACUGCCACCACCACCUCCACCAUCACCACCAUCACCACCACCAUCACCUCGUCAGUCCAGAGGAAACACCAUGCACCACGCCGCAGGGCGCCCUGCCUUGCCCCGCCCACCUGCACCUCCACCCCCAGCCUCACCCACCUGUCCCCAGCCCCGCCACCCUCUACGAUCCUGCCAGUCAGGACGCUCUGCACGAGGACUCGGUCAGAGGGCUGGUCAAACUCAGCUCUGUGUGAACCAAACUGACCACACUUAAAUUUAACCUCCGUUUGACCCUUGUUUAAGUUUGGUCUCUAUAGAGUGUGUUUCCAUCCACCUGAAUUUAUUCAUAUUUUUUUCAAUCUGUGCAUUAAAAAACUUGAAGUGGAAACACCAGUUUUCACAAAAUGUU